GAGUUCUGACCCACGUGACCUGUGGGGGCGGGGUAGGGGGGUUGCGCGCCGGCUUUCCGCGGUGCCUCUGCCUGAGGACCCGCCGGGGGAAGGGCCGCGGCCACCCGCCCGUAGCCCGGGUGGCCCCUGCCGCAGCUUCGCCGUGUGCGCCGCGCUUCCCAGACUCGCCGGCCCCCGCGAGAAAUGUUGCUGAAGUGCUGCUGAAAGGGCCAGAGACGCAAGGAUUUGGGACACAUUUUGAACCUUUAAGCUGUCUGACAUUGACCUCCUUUCAUUAUUAAUAAAGAAGAAGCAGGAGCUUAGGUUGUAUUAACACCAACUCAUUAAUAUACUAACCGGACAAUGUUCUGCAACGACUCUACAUUGUAGAACUGGAUUGGCACAAAAUAAAAUAAUUUCUUAUUAUACCCAGCUUAUAAUAUGAUUCGAUGGAGGAAAAUCUGAUAAGCAUGAGGGAAGACCAUUCUUUUCAUGUUCGUUACAGAAUGGAAGCUUCUUGCCUAGAACUGGCGUUGGAAGGGGAGCGUCUGUGUAAAUCAGGAGACUGCCGUGCUGGUGUGUCCUUCUUUGAAGCUGCAGUUCAAGUUGGAACUGAAGACCUAAAAACACUUAGCGCUAUUUACAGCCAGCUGGGCAAUGCUUAUUUCUAUUUGCAUGAUUAUGCCAAAGCAUUAGAAUACCAUCAUCAUGAUUUAACUCUUGCAAGGACUAUUGGAGAUCAACUGGGGGAAGCUAAAGCUAGUGGUAAUCUGGGAAACACCUUAAAGGUUCUUGGGAAUUUUGAUGAAGCUAUUGUUUGUUGUCAGCGACACCUAGAUAUUUCCAGAGAGCUUAACGACAAGGUGGGAGAAGCAAGAGCACUUUACAAUCUUGGAAAUGUGUAUCACGCCAAAGGGAAAAGUUUCGGCUGCCCUGGUCCUCAGGACGUAGGAGAAUUUCCAGAAGAAGUAAGAAACGCUCUGCAGGCAGCCGUGGAUUAUUAUGAGGAAAACCUAUCACUAGUGACUGCUUUGGGCGACCGAGCAGCCCAAGGACGUGCCUUUGGCAAUCUUGGAAACACGCAUUACCUCCUUGGCAACUUCAGGGAUGCAGUUAUAGCUCAUGAGCAGCGUCUCCUUAUUGCAAAAGAAUUUGGAGAUAAAGCAGCUGAAAGAAGAGCAUAUAGCAACCUUGGAAAUGCGUAUAUAUUCCUUGGUGAAUUUGAAACUGCCUCUGAAUACUAUAGAAAGACACUACUAUUGGCUCGACAGCUUAAAGACAGAGCUGUAGAAGCACAGUCUUGCUACAGUCUUGGAAACACAUAUACUUUACUUCAAGACUAUGAAAAGGCCAUUGAUUAUCAUCUAAAGCACUUAGCAAUUGCUCAAGAGCUAAAUGAUAGAAUUGGUGAAGGAAGAGCAUGUUGGAGCUUAGGAAAUGCAUACACAGCUCUAGGAAAUCAUGAUCAAGCGAUGCAUUUUGCUGAAAAGCACUUGGAAAUUUCAAGAGAGGUUGGGGAUAGAAGUGGUGAACUAACAGCACAACUCAAUCUCUCAGAUCUUCAAAUGGUUCUUGGUCUGAGCUACAGCACAAACAAUUCAAUGAUGUCUGAAAAUAUUGAAGUUGAUAACAGUUUGCAUGGUGCACGCCCCAAGUUUGGACGCCGACACAGUAUGGAAAACAUGGAACUUAUGAAGUUAACACCAGAAAAGGUUCAAAACUGGAACAGUGAAAUUCUUGCUAAACAAAAACCUCUUAUUGCCAAACCUUCUGCAAAGCUCCUCUUUGUCAACAGAUUGAAGGGGAAAAAAUACAAAACUAAUUCCUCCACUAAAGUUCUCCAAGAUGCCAGUAAUUCCAUCGAUCAUCGAAUUUCAAAUUCUCAAAGGAAAAUCAGUGCAGAUACUAUUGGAGAUGAAGGGUUCUUUGACCUACUGAGCCGAUUUCAAAGCAAUCGGAUGGAUGAUCAGAGGUGCUGCUUAAAAGAACAGAACUCUGGAUCAGCUUCAACAGCAGCUUCUGCCACUCCCCCCAGAAUCAUGCUACAAACACCAUCUGUUUCCAUGGUGUCCCCCAACACAGAUGAGUUUUUAGACCUUCUUGCCAGCUCACAGAGCCGCCGUUUGGAUGAUCAGAGAGCCAGUUUCAGUAAUUUGCCCGGGCUUCGUCUGACACAAAACAACAGUCAGUCAGUACUUGGCCACCUGAUGACUAAUGACAACAAAGAGGCUGAUGAAGACUUCUUUGACAUCCUUGUAAAAUGUCAAGGAUCCAGAUUAGAUGAUCAAAGAUGUGCUCCACCACCUGCUGCCACAAAGGGACCAACAGUACCAGAUGAGGACUUUUUUAGCCUUAUUUUACGGUCUCAAGCAAAAAGAAUGGAUGAACAGAGAGUUCUUUUACAAAGAGAUCAAAACAGAGACACUGAAUUUGGACCGAAGGACCUUUUGCAGAGUAAUGCUCUGUUGGAACUUGAAAAUUCAGGAAAAAAAUAAGCAAACCACUAGUAUACAAUGAAUAUCUUUUUUAAAGCGACCUUAUUUCCUUUCAGAACACUGCAGGAAAAUUCAAUCUAUUACUUUUUUCCUUCAAAGGAGAAAUUAUAGCACUGUACUGCAGCUUAAAAUGUUUUUAGCAUGAUGUAAAUAUUUAACCUUUGAUAGCAUAGUAUUAAUUAACAUUCCUCUGGACACUCGUUUCAGGAUAGAGGUGUCUUAAAAGGUGCUUCAUCAACUUUUGUGAUUACUGCUUGGGAUUAUGUUCUUCAGCAACUUGUCAGUUUCCUUUACAUAGUAUUUGUAAAGUAGGAAGUUAAAUGAAUCUAGCCUAGGAUUUAAUCCUCUUGCUGAGGUAGUUUUUUUUUUUUUUUACUCUUAAUUGACAAUGGCUCUUUUUUAUACCAAUGUAGUGCGAAAUUAUGCUAUUUCAUAAAAAUAAUAUACUUGACCAAUGUGUAAAAAAUUAUACAGUCUAUUAAAAAAU